AUGGAGUGUUCCGGCUUAAUCUUCGGGGUACGCCCAAUCGACGCGAAAUUGUUCUUUAACGUUAGCGAUGAUGAUCUCCUCCGUCAGGUUCACGAUGAAUUUCCUCAAGAACUCGAUCGUCUCAAGCGUGCCUACUCCAUCGAAGAGAUGGAUUCUGUUCACCCACCAACCCCAUCUCCAUCUCAGAUCAUAUACGGAGCUCAGUACAACGAGGUCAACCGUACUCUCGUCAGUGUCCUUUCUCUGAGAUGGAUUUACCAUAACUAUUACGAGAUCUUCACAGGAACUCAACCCGAUCAGAUAAAACUGACGCGCUCGACUUUCGACUGGAUACGACAAACCUUUAUGAAUAAACUUGAAGAUCCGGCGGAUCUUUAUGCACUGCUGGCAUAUAGUGCCGAUGAUGAAUACGACUCUGACGAGCCACCUGAGCUCAAUCUAAAUAUAAAAGAGCUGAAGAUCCGCGCGACCGAGGCCAUGCGCGCGACGUGCACUACUGUUGAGCGGCUCACGAGAGGCUCCUGGCAUGAGAUCUUUGCGCUUGGGUUCGAGGAAACUGAUGCGACACCGUAUGAGUCACUCAAACUCGCUAAAUACUCUUGCAUUGCCCGUUUCUCCCGCGUCAAAGGAAAUGAUGCGAAAGAGGAGAGUGAAGUUGCCACGAUCCGCUAUCUUAAGCAGCACACCAGCAUUCCUGUUCCCGAGGUCUAUUAUCAAGACCUGGACCCCGAAAAUACUGUUGGCGCUGCUUUUGUUCUCAUGGAAAGACUCCCCGGUCGUCAUCUUUACAAGACUUGGGAUGACAUGUCGCUUGACAAGAAGAAAGUGGUCGUGUCUGAGAUUGCAUCCAUUAUCGUCGAGUUCGCUUCUCUCAGAUUUGACAGAAUUGGAUGUCUCACCCAGGAAGGCCUUGGUCCAAUUCUGAGCCCUCGCUACAAAGAACCCCAGGGACCGUUCGACUCGUCACUUGCCUAUCUGGAAUCUUUUAUAUCACCAGACACAGUUGAAUCAUCCGAGUUGGCACAUCUCUUCCAGCAAAUUAAGAGAGAAUUGGAAAUCCAUGUACACCGUCAAAAUGCUGUCCAUCUCAAGCCUCCGUUUGCAUUUAUCCACGCCGACUUUGACGCACAGAAUAUGCUAUUUCUGGAGUCCCCUGAUGGUUCAGGCCCAAAGCUUACAGGACUGAUUGAUUUCGAAUUUGCUCAUACCGGCCCGCUGUACUAUCUUUACGAAUACCCCAUCUUCAUCCAGGAUGUAUCAUGGUCGAAGCACUUGUAUGCUGAGAAUGCGAUUCUCCGGGGCCAUUUCAUUUCGCAGAUCUUCAAUGGGUUGCCCGACUCAGAGGCUCGAAAGGUCUUUAUUGCAGCCAUUAAUGCGAAAUGCUUUCUCCUCAACAGCUUUCAUGAUUCAUUCAUGACAAUGCAGUGUUCGGAAGACACCCUCAUUCAGUCGGCAACUUACUACCUAAAGUCGCUAAGAGACGGAACGGGUCUUGCAUAUUCAGGUAGACUUGACUACAAAGCGGAGUUUUACUCGGAUGAAGGACUUCCUAUGGAUUCAGCUGGACCGAUAACUACAAAAGAAAUACGGGAUUGA